AUGGAGGAACGCACGCCGUGGUGGGAGGCCGGGCAGCUGUCCGAUGAGGAUGAAGCCGUCCCCGCUUCUUCUUCAUCCACUGCUUCUGGGUCGCUUUCGCAUGCCCCGCCCUCGGUGUGUGCGGCUUUGCCUGAAAACCGUGUUGCUCCCCUGCAUGCGUCCAACUCGUGGCAGGGUACGUGUUGUACAGGAGGCGACGGACCAGAGGGGACUCGGGCGGCGCACCGGUCAGCGGCCGCAGGCGCUCAGGGCAGUUGUGGGGAGCUUUCGCGUGAGAGUUGGCACGACGCGGUAGGGGCACAUGGUACUCGAGGUUCUGAAGCCUUCUUUCCGGCGGGGGGGGGCGCCGCCACACACAUUUUUUCUGGAUCCAGUCGUGUGUCGGCAGCCUCCCUAGCCGGCGGCGGACGCAGCUCGGAGUGUCUCCCGUGGCCCAGGUCGGGUGCGGGGGGUCACCGUUCGACAGAGACGCCUCCACUGGGUCAAGACGAGUGGUUCGCGGUGCAGAACCAUUGCGCGACCGAAAACCCAGGCUUUGGGCCAUCCGUAGACGCUGGAGCUGCCCUCGAAAACGCGCCGGAAGCGCUCCGCUCUCGUGGCCCCACGUGGCGCCACCAGGCUUCCACAGGCAACCCGCCGGCGUUCGCGCAGAUCCGCGUGGUGAAGACGUGGGAGAGGGGAGAUCCGGCUACGCAACGAGGAGCGCGAGGCCAGCUGAACGCUGCGAGGUGCUCGGGCCCUGAGGUGGAGAAGUUUCUUGAUGGCGGGAAGGCAUUCGAGGGAGCCGGGCACUUUGUUUCUUCGUUCUCUGGCGCUUGCGAGAACGUCAAAAGGCGAUUCAGCGAGCGAGCUGCAAACACACGUGGUGGAGCAAUGCGAGCGAGCGAAGACGAGGGGGACGCUGCAAGGAGAGAACUGAUGGAACGCAUGCUCGCGGUCCAAGAGGAUGAUCCUGGAAUGGCUGCCGGCGAAGAAAGGAGGAUGUUCCUACACCGUCUUCUGAUCCAGCCGCAAGUGGAGUUCUUCAAAAUUCAAGCGGGUACCGCUCCACUUCCUGCCUGGAAGUGGCAGCUCGCACGAGACGCGGGAGAGGCUGAAGAACGUCAAGAAGAAGGAGUGCACUCUGAAGAUGUAGAGACAGAGAGGACAGAGUUCUCGACUGAGAAGAGAGCGACCGAGGAAGGACGAGAAGCAGAAGCGAGCGGGGGAGACAACGUGGAGGGCGAACUGACUGAGGAGGACGAGCACUGCAUGCCAGGCCCGCGCGGCACCGACCAACGGCGUGACCGGGAGAGACAAGAGCCCACGCAACAAGCCAGGAAGGGCGACCUGCAGGCUUCUCAGGGCUUCUUCCCUCUCUGCGAAUGUGCCGGAAGUGCCAAGGCCGCUGCGGCCUGUGAGCAUGAGGACAAGGAGGAGCAGAGAGCGCCGCGCGCUUUGGAGAGCAAGGAUACUGGCAGCUCGAAGCAGACGAGCGCGCGGGGGGCCUGUGGGGCUUCGUAUGGUAUGUUCAAGGCCGCGCACAAAAAGGGCACAAAGGAGCCCGAGCAGGCAGCCAAACACAUCACGCUCCACGCUGCCGCCUCCACGGAUCCCCGCCGUUUCUUGUCUGGUGCAUACUGUGACGCGGACGCCGUCCGAACGCUCUGGACCAAGAAAACGCGGCUGGAUUCGAUCUUCGAUGACCAAAUGGAUUGGCUUUACAGAGCCGCGCGAGACUUUGUCUUUCCUCGGGACGGAACGAGUAAGAAGCACCUGAACCGCGCGGGGGAUAAGAUUGAAGAAAUCUGCGACGCUCUCGCCCACCACUGCGGCCUGUAUCCAGGCGGGGGUGCCCCUUCCGACCUCGGGCCUCCGCCAGACGCCACCGCGCCUUCGGGGGCUUCUUUUCUGGGGCCGCCAGCCGGCACGGGGGAGGCGGUGACAGCUCCUGGCUGUGGUGCCGGGCACGGGGUGAUGAGGGAAGGUGGGCGUUCCGCAAUCAACCCAGGGUCCGUGCUGCUCCCCGAUUUUCGACACAGACGCCAUGUAGAGAUAUUGCUUGGGUUUCCUGUGUCCUGCGCCAGCAACGCAUCUGGCGACAAAGAAGGCGCCGACAGCGGCCGCACGGUCGGAGCGGGCGCGGGGGGCGGUGAGGAGGCGUCUCGAGAGUCCAGGCCCGUGCGUGGAGGCGUGAAGCGCGAGUCCCUGCAGGAGGCUGGGCUAGAAGAGCAGCGACGCCACGCGACCGGAGAAGGGGCGAAUCGGCAGGGAGAAGGAGGGAGGAAGCGGUUUGACUUGGCAGAGUCGAGAAGGACCGGUCACGUGUCUCAGGCUUCAGGAGUGCAGGCCGCUGAGCACGAAUCAGACAGCUCGGCGGAUGCGGCGGACAGCCAUAGGGGCGCCGGAACAGGGGCCAGCCGGGGUCGUCCGGCUGAAGGCGCGACCCACGGCGAAAAACGGCGGGCCGUGCAGACGCUCCGUCCAGACGCUCGAGCAACGUGCCAGCGUCAGAAGAGCCUCACGCCUGUCGAGCCCGAAGAUCGUUUCCGCGUCUUCGUUGACGUUUGCGGAGGCCCUGGAGCGUGGAGCCUCUUCCUCCUCGGACCGCAGCAGGAACCGGCCGACCCCCCGGGCGAGACAGCACGGGCUGGGGGGCCGGGCGCACCACGGCGGACUUCCGCCUCGUUGAGCUCAGCCAGAAGAGGUUUGAGCGGGCGAGACUGCAGUCAGGAAGGCGCCGAAAGAGCUGCUAUCGACCCAUCGCCGGCGAACACGAACCUCACAACGCAGGUCGCGGGGUACGACAGCGGGCCUGCAGAGGCGCAGGAAGCCGCGGAUCCCCCGACCAGCGAAGGUGCGAUAGAGGCGAGGAGUGACCAGGAAGUCCCGCGCGGCCCUGCGCGCUUGCCCCCUCCGCCUGUGGUGUGCGGAUUUGGCAUGACACUCUGGACUGACGCCGCUGAAGCCGAGUGCGGACAAGCCAAGACGCAGUGGUACGGCCGGCUCGCCAGUCAUCCGCGGUGGAAAGCUCUGUGGGGCGCUGACGGCACGGGAAACAUCUAUCGAGCGAAUAACCUGGCUCAUGGAAAGGAAGCAAUCGCGCAGUGGGUUGCUGGAGCCCUGAAGCAGCUUGAGGAGGAGCGAGCGAACUGCGAUGCCGCGCCGUCGGCGACGGGCGUUGCAUCGGGCUCAGCAGCAGACAGCAGAGAGUCGAGCCGAGAGGUUUGUGAAUUCCUCAAAGGCGGGGAGAACGAACGUCAAGACAGCUGCGGCGCAGUCUGCGCAGGCCAGAGCGGUAUCUCGCCGUCGAGUUGUGCUGGCCCGCCAGAGACAGAGGCGCGACAAGGGAGCCUGGGGGAGAGCCUCGCUGCUGCCCUGUCUGAGGCCGCACCAGACGUAGGAGGCAUAUGCGUAGAGCACGGCACGAAGGUUUUUAGAGAGGGAAAGCUGUCGACUUGCGCAGUCCGCGAGGGUCGGGCGAGUCUCGUCGACGAAUCCGACGUGGCAGAUUUUUCAGAGGGGCGCUCAAGCAUUCGUCCCUCCGGUCGCAACGCUCCCUGCUUGCCGACUCUGGCCCGAAGGGCCUCCGACGGCGGAGGCGCGGCCCUGGGCCCCGAGAAGGCCCAGGAGGGAAAGCAGCGGAACGGCGAGCAUCCGGAGGCGAGAGGAGCCAGGAAAAUCGGUGGAGAAGGAGAUGCUUCCCAAUUGGAAGAGCAGGCGCAAACAGCGUGCAACGAGAUGAAGGAUGGAGGCGCCGACGCCGGAGACCACAGCGGCGUCCCGUGCGUUUUCCUGGUUGUGGCAGACGGAGGAUUUCACUUAGCUGUCGACGAAAAAACGGGGCGCCACAUUGAGAACUUUCAGGAGCUUCUGUGUGCUCGCUUGCUCCUGUCGGAGUUGCUCUUCGCGCUGUUGUUGCUUCAGGAGGGCGGCACGUUCCUCUGCAAAAUUUUUGACACAUUCACGCACUUCACUGCCAGUUUGGUGUAUAUUGUGGCCCGCUUGUUCAAGAACUGCGUAAUCAUCAAGCCGACAGGCAGCCGCGCCGCCAACAGUGAAAGGUACCUGGUUGGCCUGCGGCUAAAGUCGCGGACAUCAGACGAGUUCAAGAAGCUCUUCGAGGCUGUUCGCAGCGUGCACAACAUGUGGGAGCGAGAAGGCAACGCCGGCGACAAGCUGGCUGAGGAAGAAGCGCCAGAGUCGCUUCUCCCCCUCGGCGUUCUCGCGGCAGAUGUGGUCUUCCGCGAGAGCCUGGGGAGAGCGUGCCGCUUCCUGUGCAAGAAGCAGAGUUUGGCGCUGGAUCUCAUUUAUCGGACGUACAUGGAUUUGAAGGCGUCGCCUUCGCAGUUUUCGUCGGCCCUCAAGCUCAGCUCGCAGGCCAUUUUCCGCACCUCCCAUCUUUCCGUCGCCCCCUUGCGGGCGCCGCAGUCUCCACGCGUAGGGGCCGGCGGCUCCCACCAGAAGCACGGCGGGUUUCUGCGUCGAUCGAGUAGCGGCAACUCGGUCUAUUCUGCGUCAUCGCGGUCCUCCCAUCGACGGGCGAGCGACGCGUCCUUCCACGAGGCGGCCCACGGCGGCAGCGCAGCGACUGACUUCCCGCCCGUCGCCGCGGUUCUGUCUUCCGCGUCCUUCGUUUACGACGCGACUGGCACUCCGCAGUACGCAACGCUGCAGCGAGGUGGAGGCGGGGCGAACGGCAUGUCUGAUGGCGGGCCUGGAGACUCACGCGGUCCGCGCCCUGACGCGCCUCGGUACCCUCGGGAGGUGAGUGACCGGCUUUCGGGCGCCGGACUCGUGCCCCGUGUGCCGAUGCUGGACCUCGUUGGGAGCUGGGAAGGUCGCCAGAACAGCUCGGAAGCGACACAUUUGCUUUCCAGCGAAGGCAGGCGGAGGCGCAGCCACGGGGCCGCUGCCUCAGGUGCUCAGCCUUUGAGUGCGAGGGGCUGUCGAGGAGAGGCGAGUCAUGCAGCCGCGCGACCGUCUGGGAAAGGCGACGCGAAGGAGGCUUGCUCACCUACGGAGGCGUCCGCUCGUGCUCAAGGGGGAAAGGGUGGAGAGCCGCGCAGCAGCGGCGAGCAGGAAGGAAGCGAGACGAUUGGACAGCCGCCACCGGUGAGGAAGGGGCAGGGCGACGAGGCACGAGGAGGCAGCGGAGGAGUUGAAAAGGUACCAGUCAAAACUCAGGAACAGCUGUACGAAGAACGCAUGCGGCAGCUGCAAAUGCAACACGAGCAGCGACUUGUGUAUAAAGCGUCCCGUGCGGGAACAGGACGCCGCGGACGAGGCAAAGCCAAAGAGCCGCAGAGAAAAACGGGGGGCGUGCCCAUUUUCCACGCGGAGCAGGUUCCAUCCAUUCUCUCCCGACGAAACGAUCCAGGGGAUGAAGAGUCGAGUGGCGUGGGGGCGCGAGGCCCGCGGAGGGAUGGGGACUGGCGAGCACAGGAAGAAGAGCGAGGGUGUUGCGCCGGCCCUCGUCCGCUGUCUGUGCCUUCGCUUCCUGGUGAUCGCCCCAGCUGCGCGCUCCAGGAUGGAGGCCUAGGCGGGCAGCUCUCAAGCAAAAAAAGCCACCAAGGCCGCGUGGAAGCCGAGGGUGGGGGGGCCCUACACAGGCCACGGAACGAAGAGACACCGUUUCCGUCGACGCGUGUAUUCUCAUCGUCGUCAUCGCCAUCUCGGGCGUUGAGCCCACCUGUCCCACAGAAGUUGUUGGCGCGACUUCAGGGCCUCGCACACGUGUCGCCUUCCUUGGCGACUCUCCUUUCGGCGUGUGUCGCAGGGGUCGCUUCUCCUUCGUGGCCUCCGCAGAUGCCGCCGGCCUGUUCGCAGGGCUCCUCUCAGAACCUCUCUGCAGCUCUGCUCGCCGCGCUGGCUGCUCCGGCGGCCGACUCUACACCCGUGUGUCUUGCGGCUUUGAAUUGUCAGUCGGCGAAUCCUCUCGGUUGCAUGCCUAGUCCGGAAGGAUACCUGGGGGCAGAGCCUCGUGGCGACCGUGAAAACUGUGGAAGUCCUGCGCGUGGACUCUCGUCUUUUCUCGCUUCCCGCCCCCCUCCGGAAAUGAAAAGUGUGCCUGGCGGAGGCUUCGAGGGCUGCGCGGAACCGGCGGGUACAGCAAGUGCCGCGGCCGCUCUGGCAAGGCAGCUCCUACUCCUCACACAGCAGAGGCAACAAGUGGUAAUGACGGAGGCAGAAUCCGAUCACACAGGCGUGGUUCCCCCAGGACUAGGCCCGCCGCCGCUGAGCCGUGCUCUCGGAUGCCCGAUUCGCAUGGUGGGGGGCCUCCGAGGAGGAGCGAUGGGGGGCGACGAUGGAGACGACGGAGCCCGACGACCCGCUCCGAGCGGCGGGGGACCAGAGACAGGCGCGACAGAGGAGGAGGCGCGAGAAAGCCCCCCUCCGCAGCGGACUCCUUCGAGAGAGGGAGUCGGGGCUGGAGCAGACUCUUCCCAGCACCUCCACCGACUUUUGCAACACUCGCGACGAUCCGCGGAUCGACUAGGCGGGCUGACCGUCUCUUCGCCUUCGGAUGCCGCAAGCCGUGUGAACCGAUCGCUUACGCAGGGGGCUCCCGAUGUGCCGGAGACUGUGGCCGCCGUCUCCCUGGACUCGUCGACUCAGCCGCGCGCGCCUUUGUCGUCUCUCACGGCAUCUGGGGGCCGCGGUGGUCACGCCGAUGCCGUCCCGGAGACUUCAUACUCGAGUUCAAUACAGCAGCUGGUCCCCCCCCACUGUGCACAAGGCGCUCUCAGCGAGGAUACCAAGGACCGAGUGGAUUUUCACGGGGGCAGCUCCGCCGCUCACCAUGUCACGCUGGGCAGCUGCUCUGGCUUUGUGAUGAACGGGGCAUCCGCGGCGUCUCCCGCGUCGAAGGCCGCGCACACUGCGUCUCGUCUUCUCGCGCAGGCUGGGUCUGGCGAUCUAGGCUGGCUUUCGCUGCGGGCAGAUAAAACGCGGCUGCUAGAGUCUUUCCUCCAGGUGCAGGAACGCCUCCAACUGGGGACAGGGGGCUCUCAGCUUUCUCGUUCCACUGCUGCCUUGCCAGGCACGGGUGGGUCGUCUGUCUCUGCGUCUCGCAAAGGUGGCACAGGGUUUGCGGAAGCAGGGGCUGCGCGUGGAGAAGGGGAAGGGAAGCAGCAGCGUCAGCAAGACGCUGUGGGGGAACGCGUGUCUGGGCGUGAAGGAGAGGCGUGUGAAGAGAAGACGAGUUUCGGAGGCGCGCGAACGGCCUGGCGAGGCGGCGCGGCAGGAAGGCGACACAGGCCAGGAGAGAGGCAAGAGGUGCGUGGAGAGAGUUUUCCAUCUCACGCAAGCAACGGGGGACAGGCGACGGAAGCAGAGGUCUCUCAGGGCCACGCGGGAGGCAGACCAAAGAGUGGGAGACAAGGCAAGCGACGGCAGAACGGGCGAGGGCGCGGAGGCCGCGGGAAGCGAGGAGGUCUUUGGCACCUGAUGGAUGACGACAUCAUGGAUAUCAACACAUGGAGCUUGUGA